UUACAGACGUCUAGGAAAGAACUUUAACAUCAUGUUAAGAUAGUGGAUCGUCCCUAUCCUCAAUGACUCAUCCUCUAAAACUGGUUUGACCGGUAUGGGUUGGCCUAGGGCGGCUUCGUGAGCUCGUGAUAAUAUAACGUUACCACACAGAACACUACCGAGGUCUACUCAACACCCAGUCAAAGACCACAAGUUGAACGAUGAAGCUGUCUGUUCUCGCUCUCGUGGUGAUUCUCGCCACCGUGGCCUCGGCGUCGGACCGGUCGGACGAGGAGGCGUGGGACACCGCCGUGCAGCGGCUGCGUGCCCUGAAGCAGCGGCGGGGCUGGUUCUUCUUCGGCGGCGACGAGGACGAGGAAGGGAAAAAGAAGCGCUGUGACACAGAAAAGGACAAGGCUCUGACCAAGUCCUACAACACGCUGUGCAAGAGCGAGUUCGAGUCCUACACCGAGGGGGCUAAGAAAGCCUCUGGCUUCCUGAAGCAAAUGCAGUGCAAAGCGCUGAGCAUGGAGUGCUGCUCGUCCGACAAGGGCUGCGUCGACAAGGAGAUCACGGAGUGCUGCCCGGCUGACGUGAAAGUCGCGGCGGAAGAGGAAGACGAAGAUUGAUUGGCAUGUCAACGACAGCAACGCAACCUCCCGAUAUUGGUGUAAACUGCACACCAGAUCAUUGUUGUCAUGAAGUGUAUUGAUGAAAAAAAUCCGUGUACUGCACAGAAGUCAGAGAUCCUUGAAAUUCCAUAUGAUUGGCCUUAAAUGAUAGUUUAUAUAAUCUGUAAUCUAUAAGAGAUAUUUGGUCCAAACAUCGCUUGCUAGUAUAAUUUUGUUAAAUAUAAUUUUAGUCAGCAAUGGGGAUUAAAUCUUUUCAAUACAAAAAGCACAAGUAGAUCAUAAGUAGUGCUUGCUUUAUACCAUAGCUGUUGUUAGGUUUUGUAUUUGGUGUAUGCAGCUUCGUAAUAUUAUUUAUUCUUAUAAAUGAAUUGAUCAUGAGAUAGGAUCCUCCCUCGCAAUCACAUAACCAUGUAUUAAGCUAUUAAAACUAACGUUACACGCUUUAUUCGAACUAUUUCAAAACAAGCUACAUCAAAACACUUAUUCGUUUGUCGUUGUCUGGGCAUAUGCAUUUAGCUGUUAGACAUGCAAAGUCAGAACAUAUUGGCUUUAAAUAAACAUUUCGAAUAACUAC